UUGGGUGAUAAAAUGCUUCACGGACCACCGCAAUUACCAUGGACCCUUCAACAUCACGUGCCCUCUCAAAUCGAUCACGUGCAGCAACGUUGUGAAUUGGAUUACACAUAUUUUGCAGUGUAAGCUCCGAGUGUUAUCCGAUGUGGGAGUCUUCAUGGAACGCUCGAUUACGAGAGCUAUCGAAGCAAUGUCUCUUCUUCGAAGCUCUCACUGUUUACCGCCAAAUGCUCCGCCGUGGCCACUCGCCCAACGCCUUCACUUUCCCCUUCGCUCUCAAAUCCUGUGCCGCGCUCUCGCUUCCUUUGACCGGCUCGCUCCUCCACUGCCAUGUGCUCAAAACCGGCUGCGAACCCGAACCCUUUGUGCAAACUGCUCUCGUUUCGAUGUACUGUAAGUGUUGCUUGGUUGACGAUGCACGGAAGGUGUUCGAUGAAAAUCCCCACUCGAGGAUGCUGACUGUUUGCUACAAUGCGUUGAUAGGUGGGCACACUUCGAAUUCGAGAUUUUCUGACGCGGUUUUGUUGUUUCGUCGGAUGAGGGAGGCGGGCGUGGCGGUUAAUUCAGUUACAAUGCUGGGUUUGGUUCCCGGAUGCGCUGCUCCGCUGCAUUUGGGGUUUGGGAUGUGUCUUCAUGGCUCUGGUGUUAAGUGCGGCUUCGACAUUGAUUCGUCCGUGACGAAUUGUUUGCUGACUAUGUAUGUGAAGUGUGGGUCGCUUGAUCAUGCAAGGAAGCUGUUUGAUGCAAUGCCUGAGAAGGGUUUGAUUACUUGGAAUGCGAUGAUUUCCGGGUACGCGCAAAACGGGCUCGCUACUCAUGUUUUGAGCUUGUAUAAAGAGAUGGAGUCUUGUGGUGUUUGUCCUGAUCCUGUGACACUAGUUGGUGUUCUUUCGUCUUGCACUCACCUCGGUGCACAGGGCAUUGGACGUGAGGUAGAGCGGCGGAUAGAGUCCUGCGGAUUUGGUUCUAAUCCGUAUUUGAAUAAUGCCCUGGUUAAUAUGUACGCUAGGUGUGGUAAUUUGGUGAAGGCUCAGGCUAUUUUCGAUGCCAUGCCUCAGAAAAGCUUGGUUUCCUGGACAGCGAUUGUAGGUGGGUAUGGGUUGCAUGGACAAGGAGAGGUUGCCUUGGAGCUCUUUGAAAAAAUGGUUAUGACCGGAAUUAGACCUGACAAAACUGUAUUCGUGACUGUUUUGUCUGCGUGUAGCCAUGCGGGAUUGACUGAUAAGGGGUUGGAGUAUUUUGCUGCAAUGGAGAAAAUAUAUGGAUUGCAGCCUGGUCCAGAGCAUUACUCUUGCAUGGUAGAUCUUUUAGGUCGCGCAGGUCGACUCAAGGAAGCCAAGGAGCUAAUUGAGUCCAUGCCGGUAAAUCCUGAUGGUGCAGUAUGGGGUGCCCUCUUGGGUGCCUGUAAAAUUUAUAAAAACGUAGGGCUGGCAGAGUUAGCAUUCGAGCACGUCGUCGAGCUUGAGCCAACCAAUAUCGGUUACUAUGUGUUGUUGUCGAAUAUAUACUCCGAUGCGAAGAAUCUAGAGGGGGUUUUGAAGGUUCGAGUUAUGAUGAGGGAAAGGAAGCUCAAAAAGGAGCCAGGGUUUAGCUAUGUCGAAUGCAAAGGAACAGUUCAUGUUUUCUUGGCUGGCGAUAGAACCCAUCGUCAGACUGAAGAAAUAUAUAGGAUGCUGGAUGAAUUAGAAAAUUUAAUGACGGAACCUGGCGUGUCCGAUGAGAAUGAUCAAGGAAGAAACGAAGAGCAAUUAGUUCACAGUGAAAAAUUGGCAAUUGCAUUCGCGCUCUUAAAUACUGCACCAGGGACCGAAAUCGUAGUGAUAAAGAACCUGAGGGUAUGCGGAGACUGUCAUUUGUUCAUAAAGUUGGUAAGCAGGAUUGUCGAUCGCCAGUUUGUUGUCAGAGAUGCAACUCGUUUUCACCAUUUUAGGAAUGGUGUCUGUUCUUGUAAAGACUACUGGUGAUAUCUCUUCGCAGACGUCUCAAAUCAGCUUGGGUUUUGGCUUCAAAAUCAUGAGAAAAGUUGAGGUGAAGGUCGCUAUCUUUGCUUGAAUUUUUAUUACUUAUCGGCUUUUGGCUAUUGAACACACAAACACAAUGCCAGAGGACAAGUUUCCUGCAAGUGAUGGGCAAAUUAAUUCGGACAAACUCAGUUACGAUUUAGUGGGUUCGAGGAACUUCUCUGUAACAAUACAUGGGUUUGAAGUACCAACUGUUCAACAGAAUCACUGGCUAGAAAACUUUAUACUAGUUGAGCAAGACGACGAAGACAAUUCUAUCCGCCAAUUGGUACAGCCGCAUCAGUUCCUGUAACACAUUCUUCUUCAACAAACGGAAUACUUCUCCACA